CAUGAGUCUAGUCUGCCGGAAAUUGACAGUAGAAGAAGAAAAAGCAAAUGGCGGAACUCGACGUUGGAAAACAUUGUCAGCAUGAGUCUUGUCACCAGAAAGACUUUCUGCCAUUUGUUUGCGAUUCUUGCAGUGGAGUUUACUGCCUUCAACACAGAAGCAGAGAAGCCCAUUCAUGUUCAGAGGAGCCUGUGAAAAGAGAAGCGUCUACUGGAAGCGUCGUCAUAAACCAUCCCUGCUCUUUUGAAGAGUGUAAAGAGAAACAACUACUUCCUGUCAUCUGCCCGCAGUGUGAAAAACACUUCUGCCUGGCCCACCGUCAUCAAGAUGAUCACAAGUGUGAGAAGUUGGAGAUCCAAAAGCCUCGAAUGGCAGCCACCAAAGAGCUUGUGCAAAGGAUUGUGGAGUCAAAGGAUGGAUCCAAAAGCAAAGGACGUAAAGGAGCAAAGAACAGUGCCACGGCUGCCAAGGUAGCGUUGAUGAAACUGAAGCUGCACGCUGUAGGAGACAAGGGGUUGCCACAGACAGAAAGAACCUAUUUUCAAGUGUAUCUACCUAAAGAGUCUGAAGUCAGCAGUCAGCCUAUGUUCUUCUGCUCCAAAUGGAGCGUUGGGAAGGUGGUGGAUUACGCGGCCUCGCUAGCUUCCCUCAAGAACAACAACAACGUCCUCGCAGCUAAGAAGCUGCGUCUCUGCCAUCCCGUCACAGGUAAGGCUUUGCGUCAGGAUGACAGCCUGCACUCCCUGCUGACCAGCCCAGAAGACCCCCUGCACAAUGGGGGCAACGUGAUCCUGGAGUACCUGGACAAUGACAGCUCUGGCCUGGAGGACGUUUGUCAAUACAUUACCAUUGGCUGAACUCCUAAAAUGUAAACUAUACAGAAAAUAA